CCCAAUCUGGAAUACUAAUUCUCUAUAUAAUGCUUUUUCCACUCAACCACAUUUUAACCAGAGAUUUGUCUAGAGCAUCACUGUUUAGGUUUAGCUUGUCAUUCACUUCUCAAAAUUGUUCUUAGAGCUAGCUAAUUAUGGCUCCCCAUGCUGUUAUAAUCCCAUAUCCAGUUCAGGGACACAUAAAUCCCCUGAUAAGACUCUCUGAGAAGCUAGCUUCUCAUGGCAUUAUCAUAACCUUCGUCAAUACAGACUUCAAUCACUGCAAAAUGAUGAAAGCUCGCAACCGCCAUGGAAUUUUACAGGACCCAUCUUUUAACAUUCGGUUUGUUCAAGUUACAGAUGGGUUGCCAUUUGAUUUCAAGAGAACAGCCGUGUCAGUGGAAUUCUUCAAUGCUCUCAUGACCACCAUGAGAGCUUCUGCAGAAGAUCUUCUUGACAAACUCUUAAUACAGAGCUGUGAACCUCCAGUUUCGUGUGUUAUUGGCAGCUCAUUUCUUCCAUGGACUAUUGACAUUGCUAAGAAAUUUGAGCUUCCAUUUGUAGCCUUCUGGUCACAGGCAGUCAGUGUUCAAGUCAUCUACAGACAUCUGUCAAUGAUUAUUGACAAUGGGGACUUUCCACCCAAGAAGCAAGGCAUGAUAGAUUAUAUUCCAGGUCUUCCUCCAAUGCACCCGCAAGAUCUGCCGUCAGAUAUUCAAUCAGGAGACCCAUCAAAUCCUGUGCAUCAGGUUAUUGUGCAACAGCUCCCUGCACUGGAAGAAGCCGCCUGGAUUAUUAGCAACACAGUCUAUGAACUAGAAAGACAAGCAAGCAAUGUCACUAAAGAAAAAUCUCCUGUUUUUCUCUCGAUUGGUCCCUUAAUACCCUCAAUUUACUUUGAAGGUGAAGGUAAACUAGAGGAUUUCUCCAUAGCAAGUCCCAGAUCAUUAAGCCUGUGGGCAGAAUCUAAUUGCUUACCAUGGCUGGAUUCAAGACCCGAACGUUCUGUUUGUUAUGUUUCCUUUGGAAGCUUAGCUCAAAUCUCCAGAGUGCAAGUGCAAGAGAUAGCAAGAGGACUGAUGGAAAGUGAGCAGGCAUUUCUGUGGGUAAUCCGUCCAGACCUGGUGAGCUCAGAAGCAGGAAAAACAACAUCAAUAGACUAUAUUGACAUUCUUCCUGGGGGUUUUUUGGAGAAAACCAAAGAUAGAGGACUUCUGGUUCCAUGGUCUCCACAGCUUCUUGUUUUGUCACAUCCUUCUGUUGGAGGCUUCUUCACUCAUGGAGGGUGGAAUUCAACAGUGGAGAGCCUAAGUUUGGGUGUUCCAAUGUUGGUUUUUCCACAGGGAAUCGAGCAGAGCACAAAUAGAAUGCUGGUUGUAAACCAGUGGAAAAUUGGGUUAAGGUUAGAUAGUUGCAGAGAUGAUGCAGUAAUUGAGGGAGCUGAGAUUGCCAAGUGUGUGAAAGCUUUGCUUAAAGAUGAAGAGAUGAGGAAGAGGAGUAAUCAAGUAAGAGAUACAAUAAUGAAAGCAGUAGGUGAAGGAGGAUCAUCUUGGAAAAACAUGAAUGAUUUUGUGGACUAUUUGAUGUCACUGCCAACAAAGAAAAUGCAUUUAUCUCGUGGGUCUAAGAGGUAAUAAUGAAAGUAGUCGAUGGAGGAUCAUCUUCAAAAAUUAAAAAAAACGUGUGAAAUAUUUUUGUGGGUUUUUCUUCGGGUGGAGGAUUUUCGUGGGUUUUUCUUUGGGUGGAGGAUUUUUGUGGGAUUUUUUUAUGGAGAAUUUUUGUUGGCUUUUUGAUGUCAGUGGAAGGAAAGACAAUUGGUUGAAUGAUAAGUUUAAGGUGUGCAGUUUUAGUUUAA